AUGGGCAGCCGGAGCCAAUACAUCAAGAGUGCCACGCUUACCACAUCGCCCAAGACUCCGCCAGCACCCUACAAUGUAGAUGCAGUUCGGAAACGCAAGAACAUUUGGACGGUGCCUACGGCGGGGGUUCUUGACUUCGUGUUGAACAUCAGUGACUUUCUCCUAAAGGAUGAGGGGGAGAACGAACGCCUCUACUCGGCUGUGGUGGAGCGGAUGUUUCUGAAGAGGAGGGAUGGCCGGGGCGACAAAGCCAAGGAGACCUUGCUCCGCAUGCUGCCCACGCUGAUGUCCCCCUACGCGCUGAUGCAUGCGGCACGGAACACGGACUCCAUCCAGGAGAUGCUGGACUUCGAGAAGGUGGCUGCAGAACACAUGGCUCUAAAUCUGGAGAACCCCACAGGGCACUAUGCUUUGCGUCUGGAGUCCCUGCCUGCACGCGUGGUGGCACAACAUUUGCUGCUGCUGAAUCGUUGGCAGCUCCAUUUGUGGAGGAAGGCCAAUCUCGUGGACGUCAGCAUGGAUGGCAAGGGGCACCUCAGGAAGUUUUUGGGUUGGGCUGACAUCGACUGGCGCUUGCCGGCCUCUGGGCAACUGACCUUCGACUUCGUGGCACUUUAUAGGUGCCUAACAUCGAAGGCUUUCGUUUUGACACCGUGCUUGCUGCUAGCUUCCUUUGACAGAUCGUGGUUGCUUGUUUCGUGGAGCGUGUAG